CUCUGAAUAACGUUUGAAUAGCAAAGAAUGAUCACUGUAUCUUUGGAAGAACCGAUUAACGACAGAACUGCAGCGGUCUUCCAGCUGCUAGUGGUCAUAUUUGUGUCCUAAUCUGCGGUCUGUAGGUGGAGGCGGCAACGCCCUGAUGCCCUCGGAGAACAAUCCCCCCGUUCUGUUUACAACCAGUCGGCUGGGAGAAACUGGUUCCCCGCAGUGGGUCGUUAGCUAAACGGUUCUGCCGUGAGUGUUGUUUAGAAGGGGGGGAAAAAUGGCUGAACUGCAUGUCGUGGAACCGAGUGGAACGGCGACCAUAGAGCAGCCCGAACAUCGCGACGUUCGGGGUUCGAUGCGUCUGGCGUCGCCCACUCUCUUGGUUCCUCCGCGGAGCAGCAGCCAGCUUAGCCCCGGCGGAGGAGGCAGCAGCGGGGGCAGCGGCAGGUCGGUGUUCGGCUUUCCGCUGAAGAGCAACCCAAGCUCGCCGUCCGAACCGUUAGACAAGCCAGGCUCACGGUGGGUUCGGCUUAAUGUUGGCGGGACCUACUUCAUCACGACCAAACAGACAUUAUGUAGGGAUCCAAAGUCUUUCUUGUUCCGACUGUGUCAAGAAGAUCCUGACCUGGAUUCUGAUAAAGACGAGACUGGAGCCUACCUUAUCGACAGGGACCCCACGUACUUCGGCCCCAUCCUGAAUUACCUUCGACACGGAAAGCUGAUCAUGGAUAAGAACCUGGCUGAGGAAGGCGUUCUCGAAGAAGCCGAGUUCUACAACAUCGCCUCCCUGGUGAGGCUGGUCAAAGAGCGAAUACGGGACAACGAGAACCGAACGUCUCAGGGCCCUGUGAAGCACGUGUAUCGAGUACUGCAGUGCCAGGAGGAGGAACUCACACAGAUGGUCUCAACCAUGUCGGACGGUUGGAAAUUUGAGCAGCUCAUCAGCAUUGGCUCCUCCUACAACUAUGGGAACGAGGACCAGGCAGAGUUUCUGUGUGUCGUUUCCCGGGAACUCAACAACUCGACGAAUGGCAUCGUUAUCGAGCCCACAGAAAAAGCCAAGAUCCUUCAAGAGCGAGGCUCCCGGAUGUGAGGAACCGGCGAGUCGGAGCAGAACCGACGGCAUCAUCAAAACCACGAGCGCGCACUCCAGUUAUCAUCGAUCAGCCAGCUGCCCCCCCUCCUCCAGCGUGCCUUUCCACCGCGGAGGCUCCCCGACGCUUCCUCGUCUUUAGCGUUGCAAGGCGGCCCCGGCUUCUCUCCUCGUUUCUUCUCCCCGUUUUAAAGACACGACGAGUGAGGCGAUUCUCCUCUUUGGCUGUGACGGUGAAGUUUUGUUGAUCUCAAUGGAUGGGUGCACAGAAUAAAUCCUCUUUCCCUUUUAGCGGCUUUUAUCAGAUCUGGGAUGUUCGCUGUGCGUCACAAAUUUGGAUCAAUUCAGCAGAAACUCCGCAGGCAUAAAGGAAUUAAAAGGACUCCAUUUUUUUUUUUUUAAACCCCGGCUGCAAACGGAGCCUCGACGCAGCAGAUUUCCUCGUUACUUCUGGAGACGGAGCCUGAUAGGCGCAGCGUCUUCUCCGCUCGUUAACGGCUCACAGAGAAGAAGGAAGAGACCCUUUUUCUUCCUUUCCGUUUCCUGUAUGCGGCUCAUUUCGAUCUGUGAAAAUUUGGAAUAUUUCCACGCAAAAGAAAGCAGCUGACUCAAAACGGACCAUUAUUCCACUAGUGCACAAACGUGUCCAGGCAUGUAAGGAAUCUAUAUUAAAACCUAUAUAGUUGUCAAGAUGAAAAUAUAUGAAAUUUUGAAUGCAAACGGUGUAAUUACUGACUUCUGUAUCAUAGCUGUCCUAUAUUUACAUAUUCUUGUGGGUGAGUUUAUUUAAACAAGGGGGGGGAAAUAUAUAUAUAUAUAUAUCAGUUUUGUUACCAGACUAAGCGCCCGUUAGAGUGUGAGUUUGUGUGUGCAGUGCCUCUCUGUUUUCUGUCCAUCACUGAAAUAUCACACUUUUCACCUGCACGUUUUCUGUAGUGUACCUGAAAAGAAAAAGGAAACAAACAAAAAAAACAAAGGUGUUUUACAGCUUAUAUAUAUCCUACUUUGAUCUAUUGCAUAUCUUAAAAUUGUAAUUAGGGAUGAAGAAACCUUUCGCCUGUUGCCGUCUGAGCAUAAAAGCGUGGCGAGGUUCGAACCAUGGCCAGUCCGUAAUCGGCCUCAACACAUUCGCUGCGUCUUGUGUUUACUUCUCAGCCUUGCAGCCAAAUGUCGUCUUGAAGUCUGCAGCAUGUGUAGCAGCCGCAGCGCGAGCAAACUGUCCUGCUCGCACUUAAACCCCGAGCCUCCAUCGAUGCAGGAACCUUGCAGUUUGUAAGAGAACCUCUCAGAGCAGAAGAGUCCUGACUUUUAUCCUCUUCAAAUCAAACGCUAAAUUUUUUUGUUUUUGCGGUAGAUGGCCAGCAACUUAGAUGCAGCAGGUUUUCUCUUGAAAUAUAUACAGUUUCAUCUUAUUAAAUGAGAAUAUAGUUGAAAAGUUUAUAUAUUGAUUUAUUCUACUAGCGGGGAUAUGUUUCAAGUGUUGAUCUCUGCUUGUUCAUUUUGAUAAAAGUGACUUUUAGCCAAAGGAAACCUAAAAAUUCAGCUUUCCAGAAAAUUUGAAUAUUACAUAAGACCACCAAAAAUAGUACACAGUUGUUAGUUCGUGUAAUCAUGACUGGUAACUUAAGCUGUCCAGAAGAUGCUCAUCGACACUUUCCAUGUAGAAAUUAAGUCACAAAGCUCAUUGUUCACAGAAAGCUGUAGCCAAGAAUAUUGAUGGAAAGUUGAUUGGAAGAAAAAAAAUAUCAGUAAGCAUUAAUAAUAAUAAAAAAAAGUACCAGAAAAAAAACUUUAAAUAAAUAUAUUAUUGAUGUAAAAGGAAUGUAGUUUCACUUUUUGGAUUCUAACAUCAAUGUAUUUAUUUAGUUGAGAUAACUUAGAAAUAUAGUUUAAUGAUUAAUACCAACCAUUAGAACCCAAACUAUUAUUUUUAACUGAAAGAAAAUGCGGGAAACAAAGUUUUCUGAUUAUUAUUUUUUUCUUUUUGUUUUAAAAUUUCCUGCUCGAUGAAUGACCAUAACAGGUAAUUUAUCCUAAAACAAUGAUCCGGCCCGCCUCGCUAAAAGAUGUCCGAUUAUUUCGGUUCUAUAACCUGGAGAAAAAUAACCACAGUAUCACAAAAAAAAAUAAAAAUAGAAGCAAACAUGUAUCAAUAGUUCUAUUUGCUUUCUUUU